ACGGAGACUGUUGACACACGUUACAAGAACUUCAACUGAUCUUCAAGCCGCUAAAAAGUGCGUGUAACUCUCCGGAAGUUUGGAUGGUUUUUAAGGAGGCUACUUGAUCCGAUCCCCCUGCUUAAUACAAGAAGAAUCCCCCGUAACGAGUAACAUCAGUUAUCAAUGAGCGACAUUCAGAGAUGAAUUUAGAAACCUGGAACGCUGAAUUGUCCGAAUUCUUGAUUGGAAACAACGUUGUGUUGGCUCUUUAUCUGAUCAUUGGCGUCUUCGGCAAUGGACUUGUUCUUUUCAUCUAUGUUGUGCGAAUGACUAAAAAGAGCGAUGAUCGCUACUUCAUUCCCUCCCUUGCGGCGAUUGACAUUUGCGCUUGUGUCAUUGGAUCUUCAUACGCACUGGCCCUGAAUCUUCUACCCGUUAAAUUUCCAGGGGAUUUCCUCUGUCGCGUGUUAUGGUUCCUCAGUCAAGCUUCCACUGUGUCGGGAGGAACUCUGCUAUUGGUCAUCGCAAUCCAUCGCUACCUGAAGGUUUGUCGUCCGUUCUCCAAUACCUGGUCAUUGAGGGUCAAAAGAUUGGUCAUUUUGGGAACAGUAACUGUUUCUACACUUUUAUCGAUUCCUACAAUUUUCUUAUAUGGGGAAAUACAAGUCGUUAGUGAUCACUACAAAGACAACAAUGUUACUCUAGUCGGAUACAGAUGUGGGAACAAGGGUGAACCAUGGGCACUUUUAGGAUACAAUAUUUUUUUGUUUGUCUUUGCUGUUUCUGGGGUAGUCAUUAUUACAGUUUGUUAUAUCUUCAUUGCAAAAACCAUCUAUAGUAAAGUCAUGGUGUAUCGAAAAUCAGUGCGACGAAUGAACACCAUUACCAAACCUGAGCUCUCAGUCUCAACCGUUUCUGACAUAAAACGGAAAAGUAAAAGUAUCGAACCUAGCAAUAAUCAACAACAUGAAGAAACUGGGGAGUUCCACGAAAAUUCUAUCGAACACGACCAAGAAAACAAGAACGAGUCUCAGAAAACUCGCAAAAAAGAAAAGUCAAAUCACACCAAAAGAAGGUCCCAGGAUAUUCUGUUGAAUGCACACAUUCCAGCGAUGAAGUACCAUUUCACACAUUACAGAUACUCGUACAUGUUUAUGACAAUAACCAUUGUGUUUGUGAUCGCUUACUUGCCCCGGAUCAUCAUUAUGCUGCUAGAAUCCAUAUUUGGAAUAGAGUUUUGGAACAAACCAGACUCCGUUAUAAUAGGGUUGAUGUUUUUGUACAGACUGUAUAUUCUUAAUCACGUGGUUAACCCAUUUAUUUAUGGUUUCUUUGAUGCCAGAUUUCGACAUGAGGUAAAACUUCUGAUUUGCAGGCACAAGAAGGUGUCUCUUCACCCAGACAGUCAAACUGGCCAAUGAAAGUAGAGAAUAGACAAUUAAACUGGCCAAUGAACAUAAAGAAUAGGCAACAAACGUUUUAUUUCGCUGUCAUCAGUGCUCAGACACAUUUUGACAGGUCAGUGGAAUAAAAUAAAUAUCAAGGUGUUUUGUUUUCAUUUUUAAAUGGAAAAAAGUUUGGAAUGAGUUAUAAUACAUCUAUAUAUUAUGUAAUAAAGUAAAUGACUUUUAUUUCCCUCGCCAGGUUUUUAUGAAAUAAAUUGACACUCGCACAAAAUAUCUGGAAUUUGUCCAAUUAUCUCGGUAUAAUUUUUCUUGGUUAUUAAUGUUGAUAUACAACGAAAGAUUGAGCAGUUUUAUGAAUAAAAGACAUACAGAUCAUG